AUGAGAAACAAGUUAUUGUUUUGUCUAUUCUUGUUCUUGCUUGUUGCUGGUCAAUCCAUGCAACAAGAAGCAACCACCUUGCCAGACAAUGUUGUUUAUCCAACUUUUUACAAUACUUCUGUCUAUGCAGGUGGUAAUGACGAUGGUUCUGGCUACCCAGCUCUGAACACUCUUGUUAGUUAUGCUCAUUAUACCAUUACAUCAGCUGGUGAUAUUUUCACAUACAAUAACUAUCAACCAAUUCGUAAAAUUUCCAAACAAACUGGCACAGUUGAAAAGUUUUAUUCACACUCUACCUCUGUCAGCUGUUUGUUAUAUGAUAAGAGUUCUGAGAAUCUGUACAUUGUCAGUGUUGUUUUUCCACAAAUUGCCAUCUACAAACUCGACAAUGUAACAGCCACAACAACACUACUCUUUUCUAAAACAGAUUCAUCCUAUGGCAAUGAAGGUGGUUGUUCUAUCAAUGGUAAUGGAGAUAUUGCCAUCAGAACAACAACUUAUCAACAACAACACAAAAUAUUCAUAUUUAACAUGACAACUCUUGCUUUAACUCAAGUGUUUGGUAGUAGCAGUGGUUUGUUUUAUACAAAUCCAUGUUAUGAUGGUAGCAAUGCUCUCUCAUGUCAACUUCUGUUGACAGCUUUUAGUUUGGCAAAUGAUGGAAGAAUUGUUCUUUAUGGAACUGGAACAAUGUCUGGUUUGUGGUUGAUUUCUGAUUCUACCAUUUACAUGAAAAAGAAUGAUUAUUAUUAUGCUAAAGAUUUCUUGCAAGUUUCCAAUAAUGAGUUCUACAUGUUAUCUGACAGUUUUCUUUACAAGUAUAAUUUGGAAACUAAUGAGGUUACAGGCAUGUCUGGUUCUAUUUCAGGUAGUGAUGGAGUUUUGGUAUCUGAUUUUCAAGUUAGUGGUGGUACUGCCAUUGUAAUGGAUUACAGCGACAAUUCCAUUACAUUCAGUUUGAGUUACUCCAUUAAGAAAAUCAGUCCACAAACUAACACAAUUCAAACCAUUGCUGGAAGUGGAAAAAAUGUACCAAUUCCAAUUGAUGGUCUGGAUCCUAAACAAUUGAGUGUCGUUGAUACAGUUGCAACUCUUUCAAAGAGCGAUGAAAUGUACUUUGGAAGUCUUGAUGCCAACUUUAUGUACAAGAUCAAUAGUCUAGAGAAGAGUGUUUUCUUACCUGGAGCUAUCGAACGUAUUAAAACUAUUGCAAUUGACAAGUCAUUGAGCAAUGAUGUGUUUUAUGGUGGAAUUGAGGGAUCCACUGAAUUUAGAAGAAGUUCCAUUGCAAAGUUUAAUGAAAUUUCCAAGUUAAACGCAAAAAUUAGUACAAGCACUAAUACAUUAUUGAACAAUACUCUGAAUCCAAUAUUUGGUGGUAGAUAUGUUGGUUUAUCUGUCUAUCAAGAUGAAAUUUACAUUGCUGAUUACAAACAUCACACUAUUAGAAAGAUUUCUAAAGAUAGUAAUAUGGUUGUAAUUAUUGCAGGAAAUGGCACUGUUGGAUUUACAGGAGAUGGUGGUUUAGCAACUGAAGCAACAUUGAACAAUCCUUCACAUGCUAUUGUUGAUUCAAAUGGUGAUCUUUGGAUUGCCGAUUUAGGUAAUAAUAGAGUUAGAAAGGUUUUUGGAAUUAAUGGCACAAUCACCACAGUUUCAGGAAAUGGGAUUCCAUCAUCCGAGGUUCCACCUAAUAUUGAUGUUGUUUCACCUAUAUUCUUGACAGAAUCACCUUCUGGAGAUGCCAUCUAUGUGACCGAUUGGAAUUUGAUCAAGAAGAUUGACAAGCUCACUAAUCAAGUUUCUAUUAUUGCUGGUACUGGACAAAUUUAUGAGCAAAACAUUGAUAUGGAAAUACCUGCCCUUGAAGCAAAUAUCAAUCCAUUGGCUCUUGUUGUACGUUCAGAAAAUUCAUUGGAUGCCAUUUAUUUUGCUGAUCCCUACAAUCAAAGAAUUAGAAAGCUUUACAAUAAUACAGUUUCUUCUGUUCCUGGAUCAGCAACUGAUAACGUAGGGGGAUUGGAAUUUGAUACAUUGACUGGAGAUUUUUAUGUUUCCACUGGGAAUUACCAAGUUAGAAAGAUUACUCCACAAGGUCAAAAUGUGUUAUUUGCUGGUAAUGGAACUAAUGGUUUCUUUGGAGAUGGAAUGAGAGCUGUUGAUGCUGCUAUUUUCCCAACCUUGAUGUUAAUGAAGGGAAGAAACUUGUAUUUCUCCAAUGUGGAUGAUCCAACCAAUAUUAACAAUAUCAAAUAUGUUUCAGUUGAUCAAGAGAAUGCAACCAUUUCAACAUUAAUAGGUGGAUUUGGAGAUGGCUUAAAGGCUGAAAAUGCCUAUUUUGGAGAAGUGGUUUAUAUGGACACAGAUGAGAAGGGAAAUCUCUAUAUUUUGGAAGGUUCUUCAAGAAUUAGAAAAAUCACCAAGUCAACUGGAAUUGUUACAACCAUUGCAGGUCUUGGAAAUAGAAUUGAAAGCGGUAUUCCUGCAAAUCAAGCACUAUUCACUGCCCAAUCUUUCAGUGUUGUGUCAGAAGAUGUCUUGUUGGUUCCUGAUAUUGGCAACAAUAGAAUUUUCAAAAUUUCCAAUGGAAUUAUUACGAAUAUUGUUGGUAAUUACACAAGAGGUUAUCCUGAAUAUAAUUUACCAGCCAAUGAAACAUCAGUUCGUGAUGUUCAAACUAUUCUUCAAACACCAGAGGGUGAAAUUAUUAUCACUCUUUAUGGCCUUUCAGCAUUGCUCAAACUAAACAAGUAUACAGGAAAAUUAGAAGAAUUGAAAUUGGAUUCAGUACCAGAUUUAUACUACUCCUAUGUCAUGAGAAAUAGAAAAGGAGAAUUUUUCUACACAACACCCAAAUUUGUUAACAAGUUAACACCUUAUUGCGUUAAAGGCAAACUGAAUAGUUUCAAGAGUUAUUGUGUGAAUGAAUGUUUUGGUAUUGCUGAUGAAACUAAGGGAUGUUCUGGUCAUGGUUAUUGCCUAGGACUGGAUCAAUGUUCAUGUUUUGCUGGUUAUAAUGGAAGCAAGUGUGAAGAUUUCACUUGUAAUUCAAUUCUCAAAUCUCAAGCCAAUGUUUGUUCUGGUCAUGGCAUCUGUUCUUCAUAUAAUAACUGUACAUGCUCUCUUGGUUAUUAUGGAGCUAAUUGUGAAGAAUUCGAUUGUUUUGGAACUUUGAAGAAUUCACAAAGUGUCUGCUCAGGAAAUGGUCAAUGUUUGGAUUUCAAUAAUUGUACUUGCAAGGAAGGAUAUUAUGGAGCUGCAUGUGAUAAGUUUGAUUGUUUUGGUGUGAACAGUGCCAAUUCAUCUGUUUGUUCUUCACAUGGUUCCUGUCCAAAACCAAAUAAUUGCUCAUGUGAUAAUGGAUAUUAUGGAGCUUCAUGUGGCAAGUUUGAUUGUAACGGUAUUGGAAGUGACCAAUCCUCAGUAUGUUCAUCCCACGGUACUUGUUCCAAACCAAAUAAUUGUUCCUGUGACAAUGGAUAUUAUGGAAACAAUUGUCAAUUGUUCAAUUGUUUUGGUCAAUUAUAUUCAGAUAAUUCAGUUUGUUCUGGAAAUGGUACAUGUUCCAAACCAAAUAAUUGUACUUGCAAGAAUGGAUACUAUGGAUCAAAUUGUGAAUCAUUCAAUUGUAAGGGAGUUAAGAGUACUGAUGCAAGUGUUUGUUCAUCAAGAGGUCAAUGUAUUGCUCCUGAAACUUGUCAAUGUACUUUGAAGAAUGCAUUUGGAUCAAAUUGUGAAUUUGUUACAACUCCUUCAACAUCAAAGAAUAUUAAUGGACAUGUUAGUGGAGUAGCCGCUCGUUCAGUCAGAUUGAAUGUCACAACUGGUAUGAAAAGUCAUUCAUCACAACUAUUAUUGAUGCUUGUUGUGUUCUUGAGUGCCUUCAUUGUGAUGUAA